AUGAAGGCACUUUAAUCUUAAUAGAAUUCUUCAAACUCUUCUUUGAAAUUGCCAUUAUAAUUUCUGCCUUUAUAUCAAAUUACAAAUCCAUUUCUCUUUCCACUUUCAAGUCUAUUUUAAAUUUGGAAAAUACGAAAGAAUCAAUACUGUAAUGAUUAUUCGAAAUUGGGAUAUAUGUUAACUCUCUUUCUCUUUUCGCAGCCCACAAAUAAACUUAUCUAUUCAGAGGAUCAGCUUCCUUAUAUUGUAUCUAUAUGA